CUGGUGAUCGGGAAUUUUGGGCUGAGCUGGGACCAGGCAGUGACUCAGAUGGCUAUGUGGGCCAUCAUGGCAGCUCCCCUCUUCAUGUCCAACGACCUGCGGCACAUUAGUCCUGAGGCCAAGUGGCUGCUCCAGAACAAAGAUGUGAUCGCCAUCAACCAGGAUCCGCUGGGCAUGCAGGGAUACCAGAUCACCAAGGACCAGAAAUUUGAGCUGUGGGAGCGGCCCCUGUCUGGCCAAGCCUAUGCCGUGGCAGGGCUGGAACGCAACCCGGCAUGCUCAGUCGAGCAGGUCCUGCCGGUCAGCAGGGCCUGGGGGGUUUACAGCUGGGUCUCCUCCCUCAGCGUGGAGGUGAACCCUACGGGCACUGUGCUGCUGAAAGUAUGGCCACUAUAG